UCCUAAGAAGAAAUCGGUGGCUGCGGGAGGUCUUCGUGGACUGGGACUCGAACCUGACCGACCCGGCAGUGCGGUGAGGGCAGUUGUGGCCAUGGAGGGUGCUUUCAAACUUAGUCUGCGCUCCAAGAAAAGCCUAGAGUCUCACGCUUGCCGUAUCCUUUCCCAGUCGUACCAUUAUCCAAAAGAAGGACCGGGAGGAGGAUGAGAGCGUUAUUGCUGCACACUUAAGUCAAGGGGAAGAAGCCCAAGGAAGAUUGACCAAUUUUGUAAUUCUAGAAACAUGGUCCAUGGAUCAGUGACAUUCAGGGAUGUGGCCAUUGACUUCUCUCAGGAGGAGUGGGAGUGCCUGCAGCCUGAACAGAGGACCUUGUACAGGGACGUGAUGUUGGAGAACUACAGCCACCUGAUCUCACUGGGAAGUUCCGUUUCUAAGCCAGAUGUGAUUACGUUACUAGAGCAAGAGAAAGAGCCCUGGAUUGUUGUAAGGAAAGAAACAAGCAGAUGGUAUCCAGAUUUGGAGUCAAAACAUGGACCUGAAAAAAUAUCUCCAGAAAAUGAUAUUUUUGAAAUAAAUUUACCCAAACAUGUUAUAAAGCAAAUAAGUAAAACACUUGGCCUUGAGGCCUUUUAUUUUAGAAAUGACUCAGAAUAUAGAAGUAGAUUUGAGGGACUACAGGGACAUCAAGAAGGAUAUAUCAAUCAGAAGAUCAUCAGCUAUGAAGAAAUGCCUACUUAUGCUUCUCUUAUUUAUAAUACACAUAAACCCUAUGAAUGUAAGGAAUAUGGGAAACACUUUAGUCGUGGUUCAAAUCUUAUUCAGCAUCAGAGUAUUCAUACUGGAGAGAAAACCUAUAAAUGCAAAGAAUGUGGGAAAGCCUUUCAACUUCACAUACAACUUACUCAACAUCAGAAAUUUCAUACUGGUGAGAAACCUUUUGAAUGUAAGGAAUGUGGAAAAGCCUUUAGCCUUUCCACCCAGCUUAAUCGCCAUAAGAACAUUCACACAGGUGAGAAACUGUUUGAAUGUAAGGAAUGUGGGAAGUCCUUUAAUCGUAGCUCAAACCUUACUCAGCAUCAAAGUAUUCAUGCUGGUGUAAAACCACAUCAAUGUAAAGAGUGUGGGAAAGCCUUUAAUCGUGGUUCAAAUCUUAUUCAGCAUCAAAAAAUUCAUUCCAAUGAGAAACCCUUUGUAUGUAGGGAAUGUGGGAUGACCUUUCGAUAUCAUUACCAACUUAUUGAACAUUGCCGAAUUCAUACUGGCGAGAAACCCUUUGAAUGUAAAGAAUGCAGAAAGGCCUUUACUCUUCUGACAAAGCUUGUUCGACAUCAGAAGAUUCAUAUUGGUGAGAAGCCCUUUGAAUGUAGGGAAUGCGGGAAGGCUUUUAGUCUUCUCAAUCAGCUUAAUCGCCAUAAGAACAUUCACACAGGUGAAAAACCAUUUGAAUGUAAAGAAUGUGGGAAGUCCUUUAAUCGUAGUUCAAACCUUAUUCAACAUCAGAGUAUUCAUGCUGGUGUAAAACCAUAUCAAUGUAAGGAGUGUGGGAAAGGCUUUAAUCGUGGUGCAAAUCUUAUUCAGCAUCAAAAAAUUCAUUCCAAUGAGAAACCCUUUGUAUGUAGGGAAUGUGAGAUGGCCUUUAGAUAUCAUUACCAACUUAUUCAACAUUGCCAAAUUCAUACUGGUGGGAAGCCCUUUGAAUGUAAAGAAUGUGGGAAGGCCUUUAGUCUUCUGACACAGCUUGCUCGACAUAAGAACAUUCAUAGUGGUGAGAAACCAUUUGAAUGUAAAGACUGUGGGAAGGCCUUCAAUCGUGGCUCGAAUCUUGUUCAACAUCAGAGUAUUCAUACUGGUGAGAAGCCCUAUGAAUGUAAGGAGUGUGGGAAGACUUUUAGGCUUCACCUACAACUUUCUCAGCAUGAGAAAACUCAUACAGGUGAGAAACCCUUUGAAUGUAAGGAAUGUGGGAAAUUCUUCUGUCGUGGUUCAAAUCUUAAUCAACAUCGAAGUAUUCAUACUGGAAAGAAACCCUUUGAAUGUAAGGAAUGUGGGAAAGCCUUUCGACUUCAUAUGCACCUUAUUCGACAUCAGAAAUUUCAUACUGGUGAGAAGCCCUUUGAAUGUAAGGAAUGUGGCAAGGCCUUCAGUCUUCACACCCAGCUUAAUCGCCAUAAGAACAUUCACACAGGUGAGAAGCCAUUUGAAUGUAAAGAAUGUGGGAAGUCCUUUAAUCGUGUCUCGAACCUUGUUCAACAUCAGAGUAUUCAUGCUGGUGUAAAACCAUAUGAAUGUAAGGAGUGUGGGAAAGUCUUUAAUCGUGGUUCAAACCUUAUUCAGCAUCAGAAAAUUCAUUCCAGUGAGAAACCCUUUGUAUGUAAGGAGUGUAGGAAGACCUUUAGAUAUCAUUACCAGCUUAUUGAACAUUACCAAAUUCAUACUGGUGAAAAACCCUUUGAAUGUAAAGAAUGUGGAAAGGCCUUUAGUCUUCUGACACAGCUUGCUGGACAUCAGAUCAUUCAUACUGGUGAGAAGCCAUUUAAAUGUAAGGAGUGUGGGAAGGCCUUUAAUCAUGGCUCAAACCUUGUUCAACCUCGGAGUGUUUAUAAUGGUGAGAAACCCUAUGAAUGUAAGGAGUGUGGGAAGGCUUUUAGACUUCACCUACAACUUUCUCUGCAUCAAAAACUUGUACAGGUGAGAAACCCUUUGAAUGUAAGAAAUGUGGGACAGCCUUCAGACAUCAGUAGCAACUUAUUGAACAUCAGAAAAUUCAUACUUGGGUGAAAACCUUUGAAUGUAAGGAAUGUGGGAAGGCCUUUCAAUAUAAUUACCAAUUUCGUGGACAUCAUAGAUUUCAUAUUCGUGAGAACCCUUAUGAAUGUCAAGGAUGUGGAAAAUGCAUUACCAGUGGUAGAAACCUUAGAGUACAUCAGAGAAUUCAUACUGGUAAGAAACCAUAUCAAUGUGAAGAAUGUGGGAAAGCCUUUAGUCAUAGUUCGAACCUAUGAAACAUAUUAAAAUUCAUACUGAUGAGAAACUAUGAAUGUAAUGAAUGUGAAAAGGCCUUUAGCAGUAAUUAUGAACUUACUGUACAUCUGAGAAUCCAUACUGCUGAGAAACCCUGUGAGUGUAAAGAAUGUGGAAAACUUUUGGAUUUAGCUUAGUCUUUACUGCACAUCAAAGAAUUCAUACUAGUAUGAACCAUAUGAAUGUAAAGAAUGUGGAAAGACCUUUACUUGUAGCUCUUGUUCAACAUGUUAAAAUUCAUACUGGUGAGCGACCCUGUGAAUGUAAAGGAUGUGGGAAGACCUUUAGACUUAGUUCAGUCCUUUCUGCACAUCACAGAAUUCAUACUGGCAUGAAACCCUAUGAAUGUAAAGAAUGUGAGCAAACCCUUACUGUGAAUGAUCUGCUUACUCAACAUCAAAAAAUUCAUAAUAGAAGUUUUAUGAAUAUAAGGAGUGUAGAUAAGCCUUCACUGUGUAUGAAAAAUUUGCCCAACACCAGAGAAUUCAUAUUGAUGAGAAAUCCUGUGAACAUAAAAGAAUGUGUGAUGAACUUUCACUAUGGCCUGGGAUUUGCUCAACAUCGGAGUAUUCAUACUGCUGAGAACUCCUUUGAGUGUAAGGAAUGUGGGAUGUUUUAUAGCCACACUAAAUGACCUAAGAGUUCAAAGAAGGUAAUUUUGGUGAGAAAGUUAUUGAUGUGAGGAAUGUAGAGUAGCUGCCAUGUUCACAGUUUACUGCCCAUGAAAUAUUUUAGUGGAUACAGGCAUACUUGCUUAACUGUGCAUUGCAGUUACUGUAUUUUAUGUACAUUGAAGGUCUGCAGCAACCUUGCAGUGAAUAAGUCUAUCAGCACCAUUUUCCAAACAGCAUGUGCACAUUUCAUGUCUUUGUGUCACACUUUGGUAGUUUUCAUAAUAUUUCAAACUUUUUUAUUGUUAUAUGUGUUACGGUGA